CCCACAUACGACACCCAACGACCCACAACUUCACGACGCUUUGCGAUCGCGGUAGCGCAGCCAUUUACCAGAGUCGAAAGAGGACCGCUGCUAGUACAGCUACGGAACUCUCAGCCAAAGGGCACGCAUGCCCGUCUGUUCGACAUGCAACAAGUCUUAUGUGAGGGCUGAGCACUUGAAGCGUCACAGGGAGGCUGCGCAUCCUUACGAGUUUCGGAUGGAGCAUGGUGGAACCAUCACGCCUCGACGUUUUCCUUGUGACGAGCCUGGCUGCGACCGGGUCUUCUCUCGCUCCGACGUCCUCGUCCGGCAUCGUCGCAGUCACAUCAAAGAGGAGUCCGAUGACUCCGCCGGUCUGUCGUCGAGCAAGAGGCAUCGCUCAUCAACCACAAGUGACAUCAGUCCGAGCGCGACUGUAGUCGAGACGGCAAGUGGCACGACAUCACUUGCCGAUCCUUCCAUUGCCGCCGUGGACCCCGACGAGCAAGGAAGAGGUGUGGGGAGAUCAGGCAUCGAGACAGCAUUGCGUGGUCACGGUCAAGGUCACACUCAUCAUCGGUACGAUGUUAUUCCGGAAUACGGCAAUCGAUCUGGUCAUGGGCAGAUGAAUGUUCCUCCGACUCAGGACCACCGGCGCGAACACAACGUGGACCACCGCCCCGCGCCCAGCCAUCGCCACGUAUCUUCAAUUCACGAGCUGCUUUCGCCAUCUUCCUACACACCACGCCCCGUAGUGCCGCCACCGCCACCCAACAUGGCACCACCGCCUCCGAUGCAUCGCCCAAUGUCCUUCGAUGGCGGAGGGCCUUGGCAACCUCAGCAGCAGCAGCAGCAGCCCAUGGAGUCGCCGCACUAUUCAGAGCCCGCCCCUCCGCACUUUCCCUCGCCAGACCUCUUUGCUCAAAUGAGCGGAACAAAUGACCCAUCAGCAAAUACGCAGCAAGCUUCAACCUUCGACCUCUUCGCCGGUGGCUGGUCGAGCAAUACCCUAACGGGCCUCGACUGGAUUUUUGAUGAUCAAUGUGACAGCGCCAGUAGCACGGACGCUUCGGUUAUGUCCCGCCUGAUGAAUGGCGCAUACGGCCUUGAAGACAAUCGCAUGGGAGACUGGCAGGUCUUUGGCCCUUCUCCCCCAGUCGAUCGCAUCGGCGAGAUGCUCGGCACAUCUGGGCGAGGUCAUGGGACAACGACUGAGUCCCUCAAUCUCCUGAACCUGGCAAAUGCAGCGGCAGUCUCUGCUCGCACAGGCGAGACCGCAGCACAGCCCCACAAGCCGCGCUCCGAGGAAGAUACGGCCGAUGCCUGGCCCCAGGAGUUCCGACCGCAACGCAGCAAGCCCUCGAUUAUCGAGAUCUCAGACUACUCUUUGGAUAUUGAGGAGCAGCACCAGGCCAAUGACCUCGAGGCUUGGCUGGCUGCCGCCACGGCAACUCCUCAGCGUGGCACGCCCAACGGCGCUAGCGGGGGCGGCGAUCGUCCCAUCGUCGUCAUCGACGAAGCAGGCGAUGCUACACGAGCCAACUCACGCCGAGCCUCCGAAUCGCCCAACGGAUCGGGACUUUUUGGAUGCACGCCGCCGAAAUGGCGAGUGAGCGAGGAGACACGCCUCCAGCUUCUGCAAUACCUUCAGCAGUCAUGCCGCCAUCCUUGGAGCAUCUAUUCCUUCUCCAAGACCCCACCGCCGACCUUCCUCACCUGCGGCCAGCUCGAGCUGCUCGUCUCUCUCUUCUUCCGCAAGUUCAACCCGUACUGCCCAGUACUUCAUCCACCCACUUUUGACCCGGCAACCGCUCCGCCGGUCCAAUUGCUCAUCACUCUCACCGUCGGCCUCGUCUUCUACGCUUCUGAGGUGCAGGCCCACGUCGGCGUCCGGCAAGACCGCAAAGACGCCUUGGCUCAGUUGCGCAAGAGCGCCAGUGUCCUCGCGCUCGCCUUCUCCGAGCUGGCACGCAUCGGCGUCAUGAGCGGCUACGAAGCAGACCAGACGGCGUGGCAGAACGUCGAGCUCAACCAGACGUGGACGGUGCAGCAGAUGUUUGGAAUCGGCUCGGGGGACAAUCGUCUCUUGAAACUCGCAGAGCGUAAUCGCGGCGGCUUGAUAACCGCAAUCAGGCGCUCGGGCUUUUUCCACACGACCGACUUGCGCAUCGACGGCAACGCCCUCGUGGAAAUGACACCAGCCCAGCUGGACCGCACCUGGAAGUCGUGGAUCGAUGCCGAGAAGCGAGUCCGGCUAGGCUGGUUCGUCUUCCUGUACGACCAGCUCUUCGCUUGCUUCAACGACAUCUCUCCGAUGCUUCUGUAUACGGAGAUCUCCUCGCCAUUUCCCUGCGAGGAGCGACUCUGGAACGCAGGCGACGCUGCAGAGUGGGCGCGACGCUAUCGCUCUGCGAGGGCUAACAGCACAAGCGGUUCGAGCUCGACACCGCCGGAGGUGGGCGGACAGAUGCCCUUCCUCCUCACUCUGCGACAGCUCCUCUUUCCUAAUCAACGACCGCAGGCCGCCCCACAAUUGCGCGUCAACCGCCUCGAGGCGUACAUCCUCUCCGUCACCCUGUACCGCAUCUGCUGGGAUGCACAACGGCAGUCGAUCCUCUUUGAAACGGACAACGGGCUUGAAGUGGAUACUGCGUGCGUUGACAAACGUCUCGAUACCGCUGCUUCUCGAGCCUUGAAAUAUCUGGCGGACAGCGCCUCCAGGGCUACGUCCGUCGUCAAGUCUCGAGCUCCCCCGCCCUCAUCAUCGGACUCGCAGCUUAGCCUCGCACUGAGCAUCGACGUCCAGCUGUUGUCCCUUCUACAGAAGAUCCACUUCCUCGGCCCGCCAGCCUUCUUUCAAAAGCUACGAGACGCAGCCGGUCGCUCUGGCUGGCACACGCCGAGGCGCACGGAGGCUCUAGCAUGGCUAGAAACGUGGAUGGCUCGUCUGUCCAAUCGGGCGGCGAUGAAGAGCAUGCUGGUCGCUUCGGCACAAGUAUUCGAUCUCAUCCGCUCUUCACUCAACUCCACCGUGGCCAAGCCGGAUGUCUUGGUCGUGCAGAGCAACAUCUGCGUCAUCAGCCUCUUCCACGCUUCCUUGUACGUCUGGGCAUACGUGAAGCUCAGCCACUCCAAGCGCUCAGCGGGCAAUGGUGUCGACCCUCCCCUUGCUUCGCGCCUCCCACCCGUGGCGGAGCUGCCACAUCUGUCCCCCACCAAGAUCGCGCACGUGGAAUCCACCGGCUACAUCGACUUGGUCCUCAACCCUUACGAGGCCCUCAACUCUGCCGAGGGCUUGGACUUCUCGGAGCCGUGGGAGCAUCACAUGACGUGGGAGGGGGACCACGAAAAGCUGGUCCAGGCCUGGCUGCACGGCGCCUAUGUCUGCGAGCGGGAUGGGCAGGUCAAGGAGUGGGCGGGGGCACAUGGCUUGACGCCACGCAUUGUCGGGAUCGGAGAGUUGCUCCCGUCUUCACUACGGGGUGCAGGAGGGGAGAGUAGUGGGAGUGGGAGUGGGAAUGUCGGCGGGGUGGCGGGGUCGGCAACCUCGAUUUCGCCCUCGCCGGCAGCGCUCCUCGCAGCGGCCGGGCGAUCGGUCAAAGCCUCGCACGUCCUGCAGCGAUUUGCCUCCCUCAUUCGCCGGCUCGAUUGGGGACUCGCGAACACGUUGAGCGCCAUCUUGUUGCUUAUGGCUAGGAGGGAGGCCAAGGCGGAGAUGCCUGGUAAGGGGGUCGGGGCAUAGGGCGAGCGGCCCACCCCCACAUCGCAUUGUAUCAUUCUGUUGUAUCAUCUAGGCUUCACCUGCCGCUCACAAUGUCACUUCACGCUGUUUCUAGCUUCUGAGCUUGACUUCGUGACAAGAACAAAU